AACCUAAGGCUAAGAGCCUCCAAAAACUCAGAAGAAGAAGAAGAAAAAAAAAAAAAAUCAAACACCUGCUUACAGAGUCAACCGCAUGGAUCCUUCUCAUACACCAAAGAAGCCUCACAUAGCUCUCAUCCCCUCCGCCGGAAUGGGUCAUCUAACACCCUUUCUCCGGAUAGCUUCUCUUCUAUUGUCAAGAAACUGUAUUAUUACUCUUUUUACUCCAAAAUCCACCAUUUCUAAUGCAGAAUCUGAUCAUAUAUCUUUCUUUUUAACUAAAUACCCUCAAGUCAAGCAUCUUGAAUUUGAUAUAAUUCCGGUUCAAGCUUCUGGAAAUCAAGAUCCUUUCUUUGUUCAGUAUAAAGCUAUCAGUCGCUCUUCUCAUCUUCUCCGUCCUUUAUUAUCUUCCUCACCAUAUCCAUUCUCUGCUAUAUUUUGUGAUUUGCUUACAGCUAGAAGCAUAGCUGCAAUUUCUGCAGAUCUUAGCAUUCCUUAUUACGUUUUAAUAUCUACUUCUGCUAAGUUUCUGUCUUUCAUGUUAUAUCUACCCUUUCUUGUCUCCAAUCCUGAUAAAUUUAGUAUCAAUUCUACUGAAGUACAAAUCCCAGGCUUGACUCCAUUGCCUAUGAAAAGUAUUCCUUUGCCUUUCGUGAACCCAAAUCAUCUUCUUGCUUCAAGUAUAAUAGAAAAUGUUGGAUCUAUUCCAGAAGCUAAAGGAAUUCUGGUGAAUUCAUUUAAACAGUUUGAAGCAGAAACAUUUUCUGCUCUAAAUAAUUGUAAAGUUUUGAACAACCUUCCUCAGGUUCUUCCUAUUGGACCAUUACAAGCUUAUGACAUUGAAAAUGAUGAGAGCCAGUGUCUGUCGUGGCUCGACAACCAACCGGAGAAAUCUGUGGUAUAUGUGAACUUUGGAAGUAGAACAGCAAUGUCUAAUGACCAAAUAAAAGAAUUGGGACAUGGGUUAGAUAGAAGUGGCUGUAGAUUUUUAUGGGUAGUUAAGACUAGUACAGUUGAUAAAGAAGAUAAAGAAGGUUUAGAAGAGCUACUAGGCAACUCAUUUUUAGAAAGAGUGAAAAGUAAAGCUAUGGUGGUGAAGAGUUGGGUUAAUCAGGAGAAAAUUCUUGAACAUUCAGCUACUGGAGGGUUUAUUAGCCAUUGUGGAUGGAACUCAGUGACUGAAGCAGCCGCAAGAGGCAUGCCAGUAUUGGCCUGGCCAAUUCAUGGAGACCAAAGGGUAAAUGCAGAAGUUUUGCAGGAAGCAGGAUUGGGAAUAUUGGAGAAGACAUGGGGUAUGGGAAAUGAAAGAUUGGUUAAGCAGGAAGAGAUAGCUAAAAGGGUUUCAGAGUUUAUGAAUGAUGUAGAGUUGAGGAAUAGAGCUAUGAAGGUUGGGGAGGAAGCUAGAAAGGCUAUUGAACAUGGUGGGAGUUCUGAUAAGGCUAUUAUGGAAAUUAUUGAAAAACUAAGUUGAAACUUUUCAUGCUUUUCUUAUUUCUUAAGUUGAAAAAUCAAUGUAUCACCUACCCUACUUUCCCUAGUUUUUCAAUAAAAAAUAAACUAACAAUAUGUCAAGUCAUGAUAUCUUCGUUGAAUUGAACACUAAUCCAUAGAGGUUAUUCUCUAAA